AUGGCGGCCUGGUCGCCGUCACCCCGCUGAGCUGCUGGUCCUCAGGCAGGCCCCGCCUCCCGGCUGCCGCGAACGCUGAUUGGUCGAGAUGUUCCGGGGCGGGCUGCGAUUGGACGAGGCAGGGCCGGGCCUGAGGCCGCGGUGAGGGCGGCGAUGGACGGGUCGCUGUCGCUGUCCCUGGACGCGGCCGCGCUGGAGGUGAUGGAGGCGCUGGAGCUGCUGCAGCAGCGGCGGGAGCAGCUGGAGCAGCACCUGCGGCAGGGGUGGCUGUCCCUGGCUCAGGCCCGUUACUCCCUGGGCUGUCACCGCGUCUCGUCCCUGCAGUACGGGGCCACCAUGGUGCCCCGGGUCCGUGUGUGCCACAGGCAGGACCCAGAGGGACGCCCCCACUUUGAGGAGGUGCCUGGAACAGGGGGGGACCCCGAGGACCCCGACCCCCAGCAGGGGGUGGGUGAUGGGCUGCGGCAGCGCCGGGGAGCCCCUGAAAAAGGGGAGACCCUCAGCAGGUUCCCCCCAGACCCCCUGGGCUGGUUUGGGGUCCUGGUGCCCCCCAGUCUGCGACAGGCCCAGGGAAGCUUCCAGAAGGGGGUGACACUGGCCGUGGAGGUGGCCGAGCUCCAGGCCACCAUGGAAGCUGCGGCCGCCCGGUACCGGCAGCUCCUGCAGCAGAAACGUCACCUGGCUGGGGACAGUGGGGACAGCCAGACCCCCAUGGGAACCCCUGGGGACAGCAAGGACACCGAGGGUGGCACAGUGACCUCAGUGACUGCGUGAAUGAACACCCAGAACGAGGAGGACACGUCUGCAGGUGACACGGGGACACACGGGAGCACAGUGCCAUGGGGACAGAAGUGACACGGGGCAGUGCUGACCUUUCACAGGUGACACAGCUGCCACUGGUGACAUGGAGGACAGCAGCACCUGCCUGUAGGUGACAGCGAGUCCCCAAGACCUGCGGGUGACACUGAGAACUUUGCAGGUGACAUAGAGCCCCGCACGUGACUGAGUGGAGUCCCCCCAUGUCCCCACCCCCAAUAAAGCCACUCCCUGUGCCACCACAGGGUCAUUUCUCAUGAG